AUGGCCCGCGAAAAAUCGCUCCGAUGUCACUGUGUCAGCAGAGCUCUCGUGAGACACAAGGUAGAUAUGAUAUCGGCACUUUCAGGAAAUCAAGGAUGGUUCGUCCUGCGCCCUGCAGGAAAAACGAAGAAGCGAACAGCAUUCUUCGAGAGUCUUCUAGAUCCCAGUCAAUGCCCAGCUAACAUUGUAGAACGUAUGACUAGGACAUUCAGAGUGGAUAACAUGGUGUCUGGAUGGUGGAGAGUUGUGGCAUUAGCGAUGCUUGGCCUCCUUGGAUCAGCAACAGUAAUUUUGCAUUCACUAAUGGGCCGCAGAAGAAGACGACAGGGUGCUUUGAUUGAUUCUCCUUCUAGUUCCAAUGCAUCCGUUUCAAAUGCUACGAAAAGGACGAAACGAGCAGAAACUCGUUCGACUUCAGCUGGACCAUCAGUGUGCGCAUCAACUUUGUCACUUACACCAUCUCCUGCAGAUCAGGUCACCCGACAGCGCAGGACAACUUCUAGUCGUGAGAGCGGAUGUGAGCCAUUCCAUAGCAAGUUCCUCCAAGAUUUCGAGCCCGUGAAAUUACUUGGACAUGGAGGUUUUGGUGUGGUAUUUGAGGCAAGAAAUCGUCUCGAUGAGUGUCCAUAUGCCGUGAAACGAAUAGCGGUUGCAAAUAACGAGCGUGCUAUCCAGCGAGUCUUGCGGGAAGUACGAGCCAUGGCAAAACUGGAUCAUCCUGGUAUAAUCCGCUAUUAUCACACGUGGAUUGAAAGGCCGCCUGAUGGUUGGCAGGAAGAAGAAGAUUGUCUGAUGCUGAAGGGCAUGCAGUCGCGUUUCAAACGAAAAGCUGAAGAAAACGGAUUGGGUAUUGAAAGUUCAACAUCAUCGGCUGUCGUCCAACGUCCUGUUUCGAAGAGCAGCCUUCGCCAAUCAUCAGAGAGUGCGGAUGUCAUGGCUCCGGCUGUAACUGAACGUAGUGACGACGGAUCGUGGCUUGAUGAUGAUGUGAACGAAAGCAAGGUGGAACUAGAAGAAUCCUCUUCAGACAGCGAGGACCCGAUUGCAAAGGGGGAUAAGCAUGUGACCGUCGAAGAAUCCGAAAGUGUCGUAUUUGGAGCUGAGGGAGCUGGUGAUUGUAACGAGUUGAUUGCUAGAAACUCCAAUGAACUAUCCCAGAUUGGCAAAAAGAUGGUACUGGUUACAUCGACCGACGAGGAUUUGAUGCCAAGCGCAAAUACCAGUAAUUUCGUCUACAUCUACAUUCAGAUGCAGCUGUGUCAAGAGCAGACUCUGCACGCUUGGCUGUCCAAGCAUCGAUCGUGGAAUGACCGGCCGCUUGAUAAAAUGAAGGUGUGGAUGGCACAACUGUGUAGUGCAGUGAGCUAUAUUCAUCAGCAAGGCCUCAUUCAUCGGGAUAUCAAGCCGCAGAACAUAUUCUUCGCUUCUGAUCAAGCGCUGAAAGUAGGCGAUUUGGGACUGGUCACUAGAUGUGUGCCGGCUGAGGAUCAACCAAUAGAGAAGAAUGUCUCUCGAUCGGCCCUCCAUACAGAUAACGUAGGCACGAGAGGGUAUAUGAGCCCUGAACAGUUAGCUAAUAAGCCAUACACUUUCAAAGUGGAUGUAUUCUCAAUGGGGCUGAUCUUCUGUGAACUAGUAAUACCAUUUCAAACGCUCAUGGAACGUAGCCUCACGCUCAGUGAUCUACAACAUGGACGCAUGCCGGAUGCGCUGAAAGGGAUGGAGGAGGAAGAGAAAGAUUUCAUCACAUGGUUGACCAGCAUGGAUCCAGACCAGCGUCCAACAUGCGAUGAAAUCCUGGAUUCGGACUAUAUGGCUGGUGUGGAAACGCGUAUGUUGAUGGGUAAUCGUACACCAGGUGUUAGGCGACGUAUAAAAAGCGAAGCUGCUCUGUUGGACGCAUCAGUUUGA